UUAAGGUUUUUAGGCUGUUUUAACGGCUGUUUUAGCAGCUCUUCCUAUUAUAUCCUUGCAGAACUAUCUGACAAAAUACCAGUACAUCGCAGCAAACAGAUCAUCAGGGAAUCAUAACGAAACCAUGGCAAUGGAGAAUUUUCAGAAGUUCUUCGGUUUGCCGGUCACAGGUGAACUGGACGAGGACACGAUGUACGAGAUGACGAAACCGCGUUGUGGAGACCCGGAUGUUGACAUUAGCGGGGGGCGCCGAAAGAGAUACUCGUUGACAGGAAGUAAUGGCGGAAAACCUCUUUCAAGUAUUAUCUCGCUUACGGGAAGGAUAUGUCACACGCUGAUCAAGCUAGAGUCAUGGAAGAGUUUUUAUAUAAUUUUGUUCUCCAGUUUUGGCGGAAAGACUCAUGCAGGUGUUCCUGGUGAAAGACGAUGUGAAGUUCGGUUUGAUGGACCACGGUCAAUAUUUGGACAUGGCUUUUUUCCUUCUGAUGGACGAAUCCAUUUCGAUGAAGACGACUAUUUCACUGAAACUGGUACUACGACUGGGUGGUGGUUUUGGGCAAAGGAAUCUGUAUCCGUACUUUAUGUAGCUGUACAUGAGAUAGGCCAUGCGUUGGGCUUGGGGCACUCCAACGUUCGGGGCUCUACUAUGUGGCCCACAGGAAAGACAGGAACGCCUAGAUUAACUCAAGAUGACGCUGACGCAAUAAGAGUUCUAUAUGGUGAGUGUGUAUUUUAAAAAAAUGCCAUUUUAAUACUCUCUCUAUUACCAAGCUGUAUUA